GCUAUGACUUUUUGACACAUAACGAAUGCCUCACUUGACUCCGCUGGUCCGUAGCUCUGUUCGUGACUAGCGCGUUUCUGACACAAGCGGGUCGUGUCGGCGUAUAUUUAAAGUAAUUGUGACAUAAAAAUACUUGGAGCUACACGAUGUUCCUUACACGUUCUGAAUACGACCGUGGUGUGAAUACAUUUUCACCGGAGGGUCGUUUGCUGCAAUUGGAAUAUGCAAAUCAAGCUAUCAAGCUGGGAUGCACAGCUAUUGGAAUUUCAACCUCAGAAGGGGUUGUUCUAGCUGUAGAAAAGCGAGUUACUUCCCCACUCAUGGAACCUACCACAAUAGAGAAGAUUGUUGAAAUAGACAAGCAUAUUGGCUGCGCAUCUUCUGGCUUCAUGGCUGAUUCACGUACCCUAAUCGAUCGCGCUAGAGUCGAGUGCCAAAAUCACUGGUUCAUAUACAAUGAGAAAAUGACUGUAGAAUCUGCUGCUCAAGCCGUCUCGAACUUAGCUAUUCAAUUUGGGGACAGUGACGACGAUGGUAGUGCGAUGUCAAGACCGUUUGGAGUAGCUAUUUUGUUUGCUGGGAUUGACGAAAAUGGCCCACAACUAUUCCACAUGGAUCCGUCGGGCACUUUCGUUCAAUUCGAUGCUAUGGCUAUUGGCUCUGGAAGUGAAGGAGCUCAACAGUCGUUGCAAGAAGUUUACCACAAGUCCAUGACUUUGAAAGAAGCAAUCACGUCAGUACUGACAAUUUUAAAGCAAGUAAUGGAGGAAAAAUUAAACGAUACCAACAUUGAAGUGAUGACUAUGACGCCUGAGAAAAUGUUCCAUAUGUUUACAAAGGAUGAACUACAGGAGGUGAUCAAAGAUAUUGCUUAAUUACAUCGAAUUUUUACCCGUUUUCACUUUAUAAUAUUAAUUAUACGCGAUGCGUAUUGCUGGUAUCGAAGACCACGUCUGUGAAACAAUCACUGCGAUUUGUAAUUAAUUAGGCAAACUGAAGAAUCAUGAUUACUUUUUUUUUAUUCUAAGAAUUUAUAAAAACGGUAGGAAAAUAUAAAAAAUCUGAAACUAU